GACUAUCUGGUUUUGCAUUGAACGAUUGUCCUUGUGUUACGUAUCGAAGAAGUUUACUUUAGUUUUUGCAGCUUUGGGUUUCGUGCUUGGAACUUGAAAGUGGACAUUUGUUGGUUGUGGAUUGAUAUUCCUCAUUUGAACUUCUCACUCGGUUGUAAGAUCAUCUUUUGGGUUUCUUGAUAUAUAUAUAUAUCUCUCUCUCUAUCCUUACCAGAGAAAAUAAUCAUCACCACAUCCCUCAAAUCAUACCACCUCACACUACAUCACAUCACAUCGCCUCACCAUGUCUCCCCAACCAUUCCAAAUCUCCAUUCCUCAGGAUAAAAUUGAUAUCCUCAAAAGCAAGCUUUCGCACGCGGAAUUCCCGGACGAACUCGCUGAUGCAGAAUGGGAUUUGGGUGCUCCGUUGUCUGACGUGAAGCGCCUGGCGAAAGCGUGGGAACAGUGGGAUUGGAGAGUUCAGGAAGAGGAUUUGAAUCGGAAAUUGAAGGGUGCGCAGUUUACGACAGGCGUGCAGGUUGAUGGGUUCGGGGAGUUGGAUGUCCAUUUUGUGUGGCAGAAGAGUGAGGUUGCGGGGGCGGUGCCGUUGCUUUUUGUGCAUGGGUGGCCAGGAUCAUUCUUGGAAGUUCUCCGUAUUCUUCCACUUCUUCAGAAACCAGGAGGCCCAGCAUUCCAUAUUGUCGCCCCUUCACUUCCUAACUAUGGAUUUAGCGAAGGGGUCAAGAAACGUGGAUUCGCAUUAGCUCAGUAUGCGGAAACUUGUCAUAAAUUGAUGCUGCAAUUGGGUUAUGAUGAAUAUGUUACACAGGGUGGAGAUUGGGGUUCCUUUAUUACGAGAGGUAUUGGGAAAUUAUACCCUAACCAUUGCAAAGCAAGUCAUAUAAACAUGAUCUUACCAAAACCACCCGCUUCUACCACGGAUGGUAACUUAGCUCCACAAGACGCAUCCAGUUCCUAUUCACAGGCCGAGCGUGAGGGACUCGCUCGAAGCAAGUGGUUCGAUCAGGAAGGCCGAGGAUACUUUUUGGAACAAGCAACCAAGCCGCAAACGCUAGCCUACGCACUGCACGAUUCGCCCGUCGCAUUACUAGCAUGGAUUUACGAAAAACUCCACGAUUGGACUGAUUCAUAUCCGUGGACCGACGAUGAAAUCUUCACCUGGGUAUCUAUCUAUCAGUUUUCCCGCGCGGGACCAGGGGCCGCGCAUAGGAUUUACUAUGAAUUCAUGCAUACGCAGCCGGGCGAGGGGAGACUGACGGGAGAUUAUUUGCAGAGUUAUACUGGGGAUGUGAAAUUGGGAUUGACGUUUAAUCCGAAGGAGUUGGCGGUGUUUCCAAAGACGUGGGGGAGAACAUUGGGGAAUGUGGUUUUUGAGAGUGAUAAUACUGAGGAGGGCGGAGGACAUUUCUAUGCCCAUGAGAAGCCGGAGUUGUUGGCGAGGGAUUUGAAGACGAUGUUUGGGAAAGGGGGUGGGGCGUUUGGGGCUGUGAAGGGGAAGAGUGGGUAUGAUGAAUGAUGAGGGGGAGACGGCGAGGUUUGAGGGGGGGGGGGGAUUGAGAGUUGCGAAUGAUAAGUAGGUGUUUGAUGGCUAUAUGUAUCAUAUAGAAUGGGGAUAAUAACCACUACAGUGCAGAGCGAUGCUUCAAUGUGAAAUCAAAAUAAAAUGUUAUUCGUAUAUCGUAUUAUACA